GGGCGCUGGCUGGGCGCAUCAUCCUGGGCCUCCCCUGCUGCGCCGAAGCCGUCGCUGACCCCAGCUGGUGAAGAUCGGAGGCACUGUUUGGAUUUGACUUUGGUCUCGGAUGCCUGCUGCCCACACAGCUCUGCGCCCCACCCCCCGCCUGCAGGGUGUCCUCCGAGGACCCGGCCACAGCCUCGGCUCCGCCGUGAAGGUCACUGACUGGCAGGCGAGGAUGAGGGGUGCCACGCUGACGGGGGCUCUGCUGGCCCUGGCCGGCCUGCUGCACGUGGCGCUGUCCCUGAAAAUCGCUGCCUUCAACAUCCGGACUUUCGGGGAGACCAAGAUCUCCAACGCCACCCUGUGCAGCUACAUUCUGCAGAUCCUGAGCCGCUACGACAUCACUGUCAUCCAGGAGGUCAGGGACAAGCACCUGAUGGCUGUGGGGAAGCUGCUGGAUGGACUCAACCAGGACGCCCCCGACGCCUUCCACUACGUGGUGAGCGAGCCGCUGGGGCGCGGCAGCUACAAGGAGCGCUACCUCUACGUGUUCAGGUACAGCCCGGGCCGCCUCCCGCAGGCCCCGGCCGUCCUCCCCACGGGGCUCGGUGUAUACCGGGUCAGAUCUCCCCACUGGGCCCUUGCGGUGGUGACUGUCACGUGUGCCGCUCACGCCUCAAUGGAGCGGGGGCCACAGCAGCAGUGGGGACCCCGAGACCCGGGGGAGCGAGCGCCCCAGAGUGCCCGGCAGGCUCAGGCGGGAACACCCCCGCCCAGAGAAGCGUGCCAGCCCCAGGGCAGUGUCCGCCCCAAUGCCACAGCGGCCUGGCGCCGGUCCUGCGGGGCUGGCGGGGGCACGGAGCCCUCCGGGCCACCCCGUGACCCCUCCUGCUCCGACACGCUAACGUGGCAUCUCCGAAAGGCCGUAUGA